CCACAGUAUUCGCAACCACAACAACCAAUUUCGCAGCAGCAGCAACAACAACAACAACAACAAAUCCUUCAACAAAUUUUGCAACAACAACUGAUUCCAUGCAGGGAUGUUGUAUUGCAACAACACAACAUAGCGCAUGGAAGCUCACAAGUUUUGCAAGAAAGUACUUACCAGCUGGUGCAACAAUUGUGUUGUCAGCAGCUGUGGCAGAUCCCCGAGCAGUCGCGGUGCCAAGCCAUCCACAAUGUUGUUCAUGCUAUUAUUCUGCAUCAACAACACCACCACCACCAACAACAACAACAACAACAACAACAACCGUUGAGCCAGGUCUCCUUCCAACAGCCUCAGCAACAAUAUCCAUCAGGCCAGGGCUCCUUCCAACCAUCUCAGCAAAACCCACAGGCCCAGGGCUCUUUCCAGCCUCAACAACUGCCCCAGUUUGAGGCAAUAAGGAACCUAGCGCUACAGACGCUACCUGCAAUGUGCAAUGUGUAUAUCCCUCCAUAUUGCACCAUUGCUCCAUUUGGCAUCUUCAGUACUAACUGAGAAGAGAAGAACUCUAGUAGUAGAUAUAUGAUA